UUCAGCGGGCAGCUGAACUCCCUGCAAGACGAGGCUGUAGCAGCGUGCAUGCGAGCAUACCACAAGGACAGGGGAGGCAUCCUGUCCCUGUAUUGCGGGGCAGGAAAGACCGUUUGCGCCCUCUGGCUUGUGUCGCAUAUUCGCAGGAAGACGCUGAUCAUAGUGCACAAAUCGUUCCUGUGCGAUCAGUGGGCGGAGAGAGCGCUGAGGUUUGUUCCUCAGCUACGAGUGGGAGUGAUCCGACAGGAUCGGGUGGAGACAGAGGGGAAGGACAUUGUGAUCGCGAUGCUGCAGAGCCUGGUGACGAGAGACUCGUACCCUCUCUCCGACUUCGAUCACAUCAUCUUCGACGAGUGCCAUCAUAUCUGUGCUCGGGCUUUCAGUCGAGCUCUUUUCAAGAUCGGAUGCUCCCACAGGACAGGAGACGUUUGCGUACUCGGCCUCUCCGCAACUCCUCAUCGCCGCGACGGGCUGACCCGCGUCCUCCACUGGUUCCUCGGGGAGACCGCGUACGAGGCAUCAUACAGCCCAGCAAGGGCUGAGGACAUGCAGGAGAGGAACAGGGUGGUUGCCCGGGAAGUCCUGCAGGCCUGGAGAGAGGGGAGGAGGAUUCUCCUUCUCUCCGAUAGGAGAGCGCACCUCGAGACCCUCGAGCAGCUACUCGCCCAUCAGGACAGGAGGACGGAGAGGGAUGCUGCCUCCUGCUGCCGCAUCAUCCUUGCAACCUACAGCAUGUGCUCCGAGGGGCUUGACAUCCCCAGCCUCAACACUCUCAUCCUCGCUACUCCUCGUGCUGACAUCGCGCAAAGUGUCGGGAGGAUCCUCCGCUCGCAGGAGGAGGGAGCACGUGCUGUGCCACCCAAGAUUGUGGACGUGCUUGACAUUGGGGUGCACCAGAGGUUUGCAAAGAUGGCGGAGGGGAGGAAGAAGUUCUACAGGAGCAGCGGGUUU